AUGGGUCGCGUUCGUACAAAAACCAUUAAAAAGGCAUCGCGUCAAAUAAUUGAAAAAUAUUAUACUAAAUUGACGCUCGACUUUCAUACCAACAAACGUGUGGUGGAAGAAAUCGCUAUUAUUCCAACAAAACGUCUUCGCAAUCAGAUCGCCGGUUUCAUCACUCACUUGAUGAAACGUAUUCAAGCUGGCCCUGUACGUGGUAUCUCGAUUAAACUUCAAGAAGAAGAACGUGAACGACGAGACAACUACGUACCUGAAAUCUCUGCACUUGAACCACAAAAUAUGAUUGCAAUUGAUCAAGAUACCAAGGAUAUGUUGAAUGCAUUUGACUUUAAAUCACUACCAAACGUUGGUGUUCAAGAAGCAAAUGAGCAACAAAACCAAGCAGGUCAUGGUAAUCAACGUUCCGGUGGAGAUCGACAACAAGGCGGCUAUGCUCGACGAGCUGGUUUUCAAUAA